UGCAUCUUUGGUCGCAAGAACGACAUAAAACUUUGACAUGGCAUUUUGGAAUCUGACAUUCUGUUACGAUUUUUAUUCAGGAUUAUGUAUCUGGAAUUUUAAAUCAAUUAAUAAAUGGUUGAAAGACAUUAGCUGAGAUGUCGAAACUUUCCUUAAGUAAAUUGAAAAAAUCACCACCAGCGCUCCAAACGAAACUUAAAGCCAAACCCAACAGAUUCAACGGCCUCACAGAAGAGGAAAUUCAGAAAAACAGUCCCCCACUACCUGAUUACCUAGAAAAAGACUUAGAUCUCGUUUUUGUUGGAAUAAAUCCAAGUUUAACAGCCGCUUAUCGAGGAAGAUAUUAUGCAGGGCCAGGAAAUCACUUUUACAAACUUCUUCACGAAUCCGGCUUAGUACCAAGAUUUGUCAACUUCGAAGAAGAUCAUCAACUCCUACAAUUUGGAAUUGGUCUCACAAAUAUUGUAGACAGAGCGACGAGAUCAUCAGCAGAUUUGAGUCGAGCCGAAAUUAAAGAAGGUUCUACCACCAUCGAUCAAAAGCUGCGAGAAUUUAAACCCAGAAUCGCAGUUUUUAAUGGAAAAUGUAUCUACGAAGUUUUUGCUAAUAAGACUGGGAAAUCUGAUUUCAAUUUUGGUCUACAGCCUCAAAGAAUUGGAGAAACUGCACUUUGGGUUGUUCCUUCUAGUAGUGCGAGAUGCUCAACUUUUCCAAGAAUGGUCGACAAGCUUCAAUUUUAUUCAUCUCUCAAGAAAUAUUUGUCUUACUUAAAAGGCGAAAUUAGCGAAGUUGAUGUAAACGAAUUUGCUUUCAAAGGAAAACAUAAGCAUGUACCGAGCACUUUGAAAAUGUGGGGUCGAAAAAACAAGUCUCCUUUCUUCAGAGGAGGAGGAAUCGCUAAAGAUAAGUUGAGCAUGGAUUUUUCUGAUGAUGAUGUCUCUUCUGUUAACACGAAUGAGUUUAAAAUUAAGGAAAUUAUAAGUAAGGAUGGUAUUGAAAGACUUCAGGAAAAUGUGGAACCGAAGACAUAUUCGGUUUCUGGGACUUUGUCUGCGAGAAAGGAAAAAACGAAAACAAAUAAAAAUUCUCAAAAUACUCCUGCACAAGUAUCGAUCACUCGACCUAAAAAAAUUGAAGAACAGUCGGAUUUUAUGACGUUGAUCAAACAGAGACUUGAGGCUAAGAAGAGAAAAGUGGCAGAAAAUGUUAAAAAUUGUGAAGGACUGAAUUAAGUUUAAGGUAUUGUGAAUGAUUUUAAGCAGCAUCUUUAUACGUGUUUUAUUGUUUAAAUUAUUUAUUUCUGGUGAUUUCGUUUUAAAAUGAUGAUUCAAAUCUAGUUUUUUUUAAUAAACAAUCUAUU